UUCAGUCUCUUUAGAAACUUCUCCAGGGGAAAAGUGUUGGGAGAUCUACAAAGUGGAUUUUUUUCCUCUUUUUUUUUUCCUUUCCCCCUGAUUUUUUACCGCUCCUCUGCCGACUUUGCAACAAAACACUCCAACUUUGCAGAAAACUUUUCCUUUUUUUGACUCUUUUGGUCUUUUUUUUUCUUUGCAAAUCUUGGAAGAGGAAAGCGGGAGAGUUGAACAGAGCCGAUCGAAACACAACUUUGCUUCAUACCAAGCUUCCCAGCAGCUCGCUGCGUCGGGAGAGACUUUUCCUCCUGCAGAAGAAGAGGGAGGGGAGGGGAGCUUUGCAUCCCCUCUUCCUUCUCCUGCGUUUUUUUUUUUUUUUUUUUCCUUCUGCUCUUGACUGCUUUGAUGCAUUAUUAGCAGGACACUGGUUUUCAAGGAACUUUGCUCCCUUCCCAACCUGCCUCCUCCCAGCCCUUUGGGAAGAGUGUGAGUGUGCGCGUGAGUGAGCGAGUGUGUGAAAUCGCCGUCCCACCUCCCCAAACACCCCUGCUCCCCCACGCCUCCCCCUGCAACCUGUAGGCUGUGCAACCCCUGCAGGCUUCGCUCCCUUUCCCCCCUUCCUUCCCUGCCUCCUUUUUGCGCUCCCGCGGAUCGCGGGUGCGAAUUCCCCCUUUCGAGGAGAGAAAAAGCUGAAAGGAGAAACGGUGGGGAGAAAAAAAAAGACAAAAAAAGGAAAUCUAGACGUCCCCCCUCUCCCAGCUCCAAAAGAAAAGCAGGAGGGUCUCGCACCCCGAGAAUAACCCCCAGAGUGGGGCGCCUGCAAGCAGGGGCUGCGCUUUCCUUUUUGAAUUUUAUUUUUUAAAAUUCUUUAAUUUUUUCUUUUAAUUUUUUUCCUUUUUUUUUUUUUUUUUUUUUUUUUUUGGCCCCCGAAGGGGCAAGCGGACAGCCAGCGCCGCCCGCUCCCGGCAGCCCCCCGCGCCCCGUCCCGCAGCAUCCCCGCCGCGAUGCUGCUGCGGCUCCUGGUGCUGCUGGGCGCCUGCCCGGGGCUGUCGCGGUGCCUGGGCUCCUUCGUGCAGUGCGAGCCCUGCGAUGCCAAGGCGCUGUCGCUCUGCCCGCCGUCGCCGCUGGGCUGCGAGCUGGUGAAGGAGCCGGGCUGCGGCUGCUGCCUCACCUGCGCCCUGCCCGCCGGGCAGCCCUGCGGCGUCUACACCGAGCGCUGCGCCCGCGGGCUGCGCUGCCUCCCGCGCCAGGGCGAGGAGAAGCCGCUGCACGCCCUGCUCCACGGCACCGCCGUCUGCCUCAGCGAGAAGAGCUACCGCGAGCAAGCCAAGGCCGAACGGGAGUCCCGGGAGCAUGAGGAGCCGACCACAUCGGAGAUGACAGAGGAGACCUACCCGCCCAAGGCCUACCGGCCCAAGCACGGGCGCCUCUCUGAGCUCAAGGCUGAAGCCCUGAAGAAGGACCGUCGGAAGAAGCUGACCCUGGCAAAGUUCGUGGGCAUGGCUGAGAACACGGCUCACCCUCGUGUGGUCAUCCCCGAGCUCCGGCAGGAGUUUGAGCUGGGCCCAUGCCGCAGGCACAUGGAGGCGUCCCUGCAGGAGCUGAAGAGCAGCCAGCGGAUGGUCCCCCGCGCUGUCCACCUCCCCAACUGUGACCGCAAGGGCUUCUACAAGAGGAAGCAGUGCAAGCCCUCCCGGGGCCGGAAGCGUGGGUUGUGUUGGUGUGUGGACAAGUACGGCAUGAAGCUGCCGGGGACUGACUUCCUGAGCGGAGACCUGCAGUGCCACGCGUUUGACAGCAGCAAUGUGGAGUGAAGCCACAUCCCCUCCCUCCACCCCAUCACUAUCUAUCCAGACUCCCUUCCACCCUCCCCUCCGCACCUCCCCACGCCCCGGGACUCCGAUUCCUUUCAUCUCAUGUAAGACGAAAAAAGAAAGGAAAAGAAAAAAGAGACAGGAAGAAAAAUGAAAAAAACAGAAAGGGAAA